AUGGUUACGACACCAGGGGGUCCGGAGGAAAAGCUCAUGAAGGAGUUACAAACCUCAGACAUGGUCUUUGAUCAGAGCCAACGCUCAUUCGGGAACAAAGCCGGCGUCGGUUUACUCCAAGAGUUACGAAACAUACGCGAAGAAAAUAGGGAAUUUCGAAGCAGAAUCGAAGAAUCAACCAGGAGAAUUGAGGAAUCAAACAGGGAGUCACAAAAAAGAAUCGACCGAACAUAUAGAGCAGCUAUGAUGAGUGUUAUGACCCUCCGUGCUCCAAUUUACCAUCUGCAUUCAGGUGGCCAGAUCGGCCCAGAGUACAGAAGACGGAGAAAUGCAGUCGCCCAUGGUGGCUCUGUGCUCACAGACAUAUCGAUCUUACAUUAUCUCGACGAUACAGCUGCUUUUACGCGAUGGGCUACCGGAUUUGAAGAGAUAUAUUGUAUGCCGUUCCGUUAUACCCAAACACUAUCUGAAAGCUCAAAGAUGGUUGUAUUGCUAAACAUCCAUGCCGAUGUUCUACUCCUCGGGACCUACUCUACCUAUCAAAAUAGCGAGGAAAUAAAAAGGAAAUGCAAGUCGAUCAUUAGGUUAUGGAAGAAUGCGUUUGAUACGCAACGUGAUCCAAAUGGCAUUUUCGAGGGAGCAGCUGUUGCGAAAGUGUAUGAUAGUAUCGUCCAGUGGUUUUAUGCAGUGUAG